GCGAACAGCAGGAGUGGGCGGGCUUUCAAGUUUUGAAGCUAUUGGAAAGUAAAAUACACACCACACUUCAAAAUCGUAGGGCACUGGGUAGGCUUUUAGCACCCGAUGUGGUUGUGUAUUUGGAGUUUCUCAUCGCCACUUCCAAGUUACCGUGGGAAAGUCACUAACUACAGUAUCCUAACUGUAGGAUAUAUCGUAGUAGGAUUUAUUUAACAACAGUUGAAACCUGUUGCCUCCCGCUGUUGGACAAAACGGCAUUUUCAUUCGCUCUACCUACAGUUUCAGUGGACUUGGAAGUUUAAAUCCUUUCGUGAAUUAAAAUCGAAAGAAAACCCACCUGGCCGUCUGGUAACUGGUUCAACAAACUGCAGCAGAAGGGGAAUGUGGAUUGUUGACGAUAGCCAAUCCUUCCGUUGGCUGUUCUCCAUUUGAAAAACCGUGAGAUGAUUUUAAUGACGUGGUCCAUCAUCCUUCGAGGGGAGACCAACUGCAAAACCAUCAACGUCUGAACAACUCUUGUGACUCCUCUUGUGACUCCUGGUGUCCAGUGGAGAGGAGGCUCCUCAACCCCCCGGAUAUUGAGUGAAGCGAGAGGACUUAAAAAGAGGCACCUAAAAAAUGGAUGCCGUAGACACCAUCCAGAACUCUGCCUUGGAGACCAAAGCUGAGCGCAUCGCCCGCUACAAAGCCGAGAGGAGGAGAGAGCUGGCGGAGCGUUACGGAAACACUGAGGAAGUCAGCUCUAAAUACACCAGGAGGGAAAGGAAAGCUGGUGAGACUUCUGAGAAAGAGAAGCCGGAGAACAGAAGCUCCAAGUCCGAGCAGACGUUAUCUAGCCGGGCCUCCAGGAGUAGGAUGGAAGACCGCGAAGAGUCUGUUGACAGCGAGUCCUCCCAGGAGACCGGGGGGGAUGAGGAGGCCCAACUGGAUACAGCUGCCCCCUCAAAGCCUGCUGCCACCAAGAGGAUUAACUCUAAUCACAGCAUGGACACGCUGCAUGUCGUGGCCCCUCCCCUUCACCCGCCAGUCAAGCCAGGGGCGGGGUCAACCGCGCGUCGCCGACCCCUCCGGUUGCUAAGGGGGGUGUCUGACGGGAGCCGCAUGGCUAGCGGUCGUUUUCGGACGCAGCCGGUGACCGCCAGCGACGUCACAGCGAGUCAAUGCCUUUUGGAAGCUGGGGACGCCGAGGAGCCAGAAGUAACUGAGAGGAAGACUGAUGACAGAGCCAAGAUGAACAUGGCUGCCGACAUGUCUUUGAUUAAGGGGCUGGAGAAGACUGAAGAGUCGUCUCCCCUGACAACAGAGGGGAGUGGUCGCCAUGCCAACAACAACAGCCGAGCGCACACCCAGCCAAUCACAAGCAAGGAGAUGGUGGCGGCAGGCAGCCCUCCCAAGGAGGAAGAGUCUAAAGGCUCAGAGAUGCAGGAGGCUACAGACAAGCGCAGGUCGAAAGGGGAGCGCUCCCACACACAACCGGUCACUGAGUUUGAGGUGAAGAGGCUCUCGUCCUCCAGUUCCCCCCUACCCCUCUCCGACCAAACACCAUACCCCGGAAGCAAGGACGACGAGGACAAGUCCCCUAUACCCUCCCAGACUGUCUUGCUGCAGCGCCAAGACUCUGGCACCCGCAGUGGCAUCAAGGGCAUCCUCAAAAAAGAGUCGUUCCACUAGUGUCG